AUGAAUGCUCACGAACUACCUGCUGUAAAGGGUUUCAUCGCUGAGUUUGGCAAGAAGACGUUACGUGCAGGCGACUAUAUAUCGUACCAUUCACCAGGCUAUGGGGGUGACAACAUGGUUCAAGCUCGCAUACUGGCCAUUGACCCUGAUCCGACAAAGACCCCCAAGGGCAACGACAGCUACACAACAUUCGCACUUUCAAACUCGUGA